CCUUUCCUUUCAUCAAGUUCCCAACUAAGCUUUUAUCAAGUUCUUGACAUGGUAUCAGAUUGAAAAUCAAUCUUGCUUCCGCAAACUCAAUUCUUUUCUUCAUUGCAAUACAAUACAGCCCUUAUAUUCUGUUUCUUGCAUUCUUUCUUUGAAUUCUACACAGAUCACUCCCAAUUCUCAAAAUCAAAAUCAAACUCAAAAUCUUUCAGAUGAUUCUUCUAGCCCAUUUUAUCUUCAUCCCAGUGAUAAUCCUGGUGCCUUAGUCUCAGAAAUUUUCGUUGGAGACAACUAUGUUGCUUGGAGUCGCUCGAUCGCCAUAGCCUUGACUGUCAAGAACAAGGUUGCCUUCAUUGAUGGUUCGAUUACUGUUCCCUCUGCUGAUCAACGUGUUGCUCAUACGGCCUCACAUGGUUGCCGUUUUCCGAAAGGUCAGUGAAAGAAAUUAUGGCGUAUGGAGACGUUGCAUUCAGUUUGAAGAGGCUCCACUGAAUAUUAUUGGAAACAGUCCCAUUCCUUUGAUCCUUCUGAUAAAGUCACCAAUUCAAGGUCACCCACUAUGAAUGCAGAAUCGGAGAGUUUGGAAUCAUCUCCUGCUGAUUUAAAUGCAACUUCCAGCAAUAGAAAAAUGGACCAACUGUCCCAAUUCAGGCCUAAUUCGUUUCCACUUCAAUACAGUGGAACCUCUUCCUUGUCAGUUUCCAGGCCGUCAGCUAUUGGCUUUCAUUUGAACAGCAUUUUCAAUACCGUGCCAAUAACCUGUGGUGCCACUGCAAACACGAAACUAGAAGAGGAUUAUAUGAGUGUACAAGGGAUGGAGUCAGCAUCUGCCUGUUGCCCGAUUUCAUCAAAUGCGGUGGAUAAAUUUUCGUUUAUUCCUAAAAAUGUGGGGGACAAAAGUAAGGCUUUAAUAGCUGCAAAUUUUGCCUCUUCUGAGUCUCUCCAUAUUACAGCACCUCCAAAUGAUAAGAGUAAAAUUAUUUCUGAACAAACUGACAAUUUUGAGUACAGCCGAAGAACGAGCCCCAAAACGAAAAGGACGAAAACUCCAAGCACCAAUGAUGGUGAUGACAGGCGUUGCAACUGCAAGAAGACCAAAUGCUUGAAACUUUAUUGUGACUGCUUUGCUGCUGGAUUCUAUUGUGCUGAGCCUUGUGCUUGCCAAGGGUGCUUUAACAGACCUGACUAUGAAGACACAGUUCUUGAUACAAGAGAACAAAUUGAAUCACGAAACCCACUUGCAUUUGCUCCCAGAAUCGUACAGCGUGUCAACGAGUUCAAUAGUAUGGAAAAUGGAAAUCGUGCAACACCAUCCUCAGGGAGACACAAAAGAGGCUGCAAUUGCAAGAAGUCAAUGUGUCUUAAGAAAUAUUGUGAAUGCUAUCAGGCUAACAUUGGAUGCUCCAGUGGAUGCCGGUGUGAUGGAUGUAAAAAUGUCUAUGGCAGGAAGGAAGAAUGUGCUGCUACUGUGCUUGGUAUGAACAAAGAAAUGGUUAGUGAUGAAAUUGGCAAGGAAAGAUUUGACGGCAUAUUUGGUAAAAACCUGGAAGGGAUGGCAAACAAGGCAGAUUUGUUGCAUGCGGAGUUGUAUGAUCCACAUAACAUCACCCCAUUGACGCCAGCAUUUCAGUACCCAGAGUCUGAAUCUAAGUCCCAAAUUGUUUCAAGAAGCUACCUACCAUCACCUGAAUUUGAUUCUCCUUUAUCAUCUUAUGUGGAUUCUUCAAAAACCUCGAGAACUUCAAAUAGCAUUGACUUGCUUCUGCCAGCAAAUAAAGAAUCACUAAGCCUAGGUUCUUACGAUUGGCGAUUGGAUUACACUAAUAUGGAAAUGAUGGAUCAAUUCUCGCCAGAAAGUGAUACAAUUGCUCUGUCCCAUUUAACUUCACUUUCAGAUCCACCCUUCAUGGCCAUGGCUUCUUCAACUUCAUCCAAAACAAGGGACUCGGCGAAUAGUUCACACUUUCAACUUUCUCCAGGAACUGGUUAUGUCUCAUCUGCUGGUUUCCAUCAUUGGUGUAGUUCCCCAAUUACUCCAAUGACUAGUUUAGAAGGAACCAAAUCACACCAAGGACUUGAUCCUGACAGUGAGUUUUGUGACAUUCUGGAUUAUGGCGCUCCUGACAUACCGAGGGAUAGGGCUACACCAAGUAUAAAUCAGUUAAAGUUCGUUCCCCAAAUCAGAAGAGGGUCUCCUCCACCGAGCCAUUUGAAUAAGCUUGGGUCAAGCUCUUCAGGGGCCUGAGAACUGGCGGUAAGUUCAUAUUGAGGGCUGUCCCUUCUUUCCCACCUCUUAGCCCUUGGAUUGAUAUCGAAGGCAGUACCAAUAAAAAACAUACAAAUCUUGAGGAGAAUCAUAGUAGCAUAUGAUAGAUGGAUGUCUCGAGAUUUAGGCGAGUCGUUAGUUUUCAGCUUUCCAUAUUUCAUAUGGUUUCUAAGCUGCUGCGUUGAACCUUUUACACAGGCUCAUAAGAACUUGCCGUAAGUCGUAUGGGUUAAUAAGUGGCAGGUUUGGAUAAGGAGAAGACUUCUUGGACUUCUGUUAUUCUCUUUCUAUGUAAAUAGAUAAUUUUCAAAACCAUUUCAUGGUAAAAGGAACACAAGUGGCACUGUGUUUUUAGCAAGUGCUACUGCACUAUCGUUUCUGGUCGUCUUUCUCGUCUUUAUUCUCAUUAUUCUUGUCUUUAGCAUCUCUGUUCAAUAAAUUGUUUUAAGUUGUUGACACAAGUUGAUUUGAGUACUUAAUACAUCCUACAGCCCAAUGAUGUGCUUGGAUU